CGGACACUCCGCUUCCCGGCAGGCUGCGCGGCGGGGCGAUGGCGGCGCUGGCCGGGCCUGGCGCGGGGACCCCGGGGUCCGGGGCUCGCGACCUCUUCGCCGAGGGGCUGCUGGAAUUCCUGCGCCCGGCCGCGCGCCAGCUCGACUCGCACGUGCACGCGGUCAGGGAGAGCCAGGUGGAGCUUCGGGAGCACAUCGAUAACCUGGCCACAGAGCUGUGCAGGAUCAAUGAAGACCAGAAGGUUGCGCUCGACUUGGACCCAUACGUGAAGAAGCUGCUGAACGCCCGGCGCCGAGUUGUGCUGGUCAACAAUAUCCUGCAGAAUGCACAGGAACGGCUGAGGAGACUCAAUCACAACGUGGCCAAGGAGACUGCCCGCAGGAAGGCCAUCCUGGAGGCCUCCGGUGGCUACCCCCAGGGCUCGCCCAGCAAGUGAAGCAUGGGGGGAGCCUGGCUGGACUGAUGCCCAGUGGAUUCUAGAGCUGGUACUAGAAGUUCGGGGGGAGGGGGAGACAAGAGCACCCGGCCCUGCAGAGCUGAAGUUAGGGUGGGGGGGGUGGGACUGCAGGGGAGAGAUGCACAGCUGGGUGUCACAUGGAGGGGUAGAGCCGCUCCCACCUUCCAUGCUGCUUUUAGGGAGAGCUCAGCAAGCUGGGCAGGUGGCCCUUUCCUUGUCAUCUGGUGAGAGGUAGCACCUGCGAGUGUCUCCUCCACUGGUCAGGGGCUCUCAGACCUGCUGCCCCCACGCUCCGUACAGGUGGCUUGUACUAACGUAAGCUCCAUUCAUAGAGCCGAGGGGCCUAUGUACAAUAAAACUGCCUAUUGCUUAUGA